AUGACGUCAUCAAUGAUGCAGACGACUCGUUGUCAUCUCCCCGAUGUAUACCACUUUCAACUGUAUGGUCCACGCUCACCGUGGUAUCACACACGCUUCAGACCCGGAACUCACCAGUUCCUGGCCAAAGUCAGUCAGUUGUACGAGUUACACAUCUGUACGUUUGGAGCUCGCAACUACGCCCAUAUGAUAGCUCACUUUCUGGAUCCGGAUGGCAAGUUUUUCUCUCACCGAAUAUUGUCUCGUGAUGAAUGCUUCAACCCAAACUCAAAAAAGGCCAACUUGAAGGCUCUCUUCCCGUGCGGCGACGAGCUGGUUUGCAUCAUCGAUGACAGAGAGGAUGUGUGGAACUUCUCCCCCAACCUGAUCCACGUGAAGCCGUAUCACUUCUUCCGUCACACCGGAGACAUCCACGCACCCCCGGGUCUUACCAAGGACGAGAAUGAUGAAAAAGAGGGAUUCGACUUCUCUCAUUUUGCUCAAGGCACGUCCAUCAGGCCCAAAGAACCGGAUCCUGAUAAAGGCAAGAAAAAGAAUAAAAGAAAGGAAGAUUCAAGUGAAAGCGAGUUGGAAGAAGGCGAGUUAAGGUCCCGCAGUAAACAAAACACACCAGAAAAACCUGGGAAAAUCUCAUGUGGAGAGGAACAAAAGGAGUGUGAGGAUAAAAGUGAAGCAAUAAGUAUGUGUAAUGAAGUAUCUUCAACAACUGAUGACAACAAAGAGAAUGACAGUGAAGAAAAAAGUGGAGCAAACGAGAUAAACAAGGACGAAAUCAAAGUGGAGAGUACUGGGAACAACCUUGAUGUUAAAGAGAGCAAAAGUAAGGAAGGGAAGGAAAAUUCAAUUGAUAUAGAAGAGAAAGACAUUGAUGGAGAAAAAGUUGCUGGGGUACAAAGUAACAAAAAGUCUAAUGCUGAGGAAGAAAAGAAAAAUAAACCAACAAAAGAAGCAAAAGGUGAAAUAAAGGUUGUAGAGCAUGCGAAAUUGGUAAACGACUACAUAGAGAUUGAGGAAGCCGAUGACUAUCUUAUGUACCUGGAAGAAAUACUGAGGAAAAUCCAUACGUUCUUUUAUGAAAUUGUUGAUGGAAAACGGGAAGGAGACAGAGAUUUGAAAAAGGUGAUCCCAGGAGUGAAGAAGGAAGUGCUGACAGGAACAAAGCUGGCGUUCAGUGGGUUAGUGCCAACCAAUCACAGCCUAGAGCAGAGUCGAGCGUACAACAUCGCUGUUGGUCUAGGAGCGGAAGUAGUGCAAGACCUGACCAAAGACUGCACACACUUAGUGGCUGUGAGAACAGGGACAGCAAAGGUGAAUGCCGCUCGCAAAUUCAAGCAACUCAAAAUGGUGCCUCCUGAUUUCAAACUGGUGUCGCCUGAUUGGCUGUGGUCGUGUGCUGAGAGGUGGGAGAGAGUGGAAGAGGCGUUGUUUCCAGUGGGGGGAGAAAAGGGGGGCACGAGGCAACCCCCUUCACACUGCUCCCCUCCGCAUAUCCCACAUACACCCGCACCACGGCAGCGCAGCGCCUCCGGCCGCUUCAUGGACACCAUCAACCCACUGAUGACGUUCAGCUCCGAGGACAUAGCAGACAUGGACGCCGAGGUAGAAGACAUGUGUAAUGACGAAUCAGACAGUGAUGGAGAAGGAGAAAAAGAAACAAAAAAGGACACGGUGAGAGAGAGAGUGGCGAGGAAGAGGAAAAAGUCCUUGGAAGGAUACAAGGACGAGGACUCAUCUAGCUCCGAUAAUUCUAUCUCAGGUUCAAUUGUGCCCAAAGGCUGGGGAAAGAAACAGAAGUUAGAGGACGAAGAGGAGGAAAAGGCAAGAGAAUCAUCUGAUAACGAAUCUUUGGCGGAUAUAUUCCGACGGGGAGAAGAACUGCCGAGUGACGUCGAGGAUUUGGGGAGCGAGGAGAACUCGGCCGGAAGUGAAGACGCUCUAGAUGAAAUCAGCGAUAAAGACUGGAACAUGAUGGGGGCCGCAUUAGAGCGAGAGUUCCUGGAAGGGGAGUGAAUUCUGGAGAGAGGGAAGUUCAAAGUACAGGCAGUUUCUGAAAAGAAGUUUGGAACACUGGUGCUUAUUUUGGUCCAAGUCUGGAGCACCAGUAGUUUCCAAGUGCAGAGUACAGGGAAUUUCCAGGAUGUCCAUUUUUCUGGAGUGGGGAAGAUCAGGAGCACGAGAAACUCUGGGAAGGGAAAGAACUCUUGAGAACCUGCCCCACUGUGAUACUUAUGUACCUCUAGAGUUGAGUUAAGGGUAGCAACUAUUUGAUCGUAACAAAUUACUGUGCAACUACUUUUUAUCCAUGAUUCAGUUUAGUGUUGUACAAUGUGUAGGACUAAUCACUUUCAAAUAGGAUUAAAUUCUCUCAAAUUUUUGUAAACGGUUUUUACUUAUUGUUUUGUUUUUUUUACGUAAGAAUGCAUUGUAGAUGUCAACUGAUUUAUCAGUAAUUUUAUUUUGUUACAAGCUUAUUAAAUAACAGAAUGUUAAAUUUUUUGCUUUAAGGUUAUUUUUGUUUAGUCAAGCAACGUUUAAAUUCUUUAAAUUAGCUCGUUAAUAGUCUGGGUGAAUUGUCAUGAUAAAUUAUUGUUUUAAAAAUUCAUAGAUUUAGCAGUUUUAAGAUUCUAGGAACAUUGUGAAUUUUUUUGUUUUCUCUUCUCGUAAAUUCUUUUUAUAACAAAGAAGUUUUAGUUACUGUUUUAGUCAGAUAACUUUGCUGCUACUGAUGUUCUUAAAUUUAUUUUAAACUUGCUCUCGUGGGUUUUAAAACUGAAUGUUAUUGUAAAUUACAUUUAGAUAUAAUUUAUUAAAUAAAAUUCUUGUAGAAUUAUUAUGUUUUUCUAAGUGUUUUGAGUGGGAUUACAAUUUUUAAAGCAACAAGGUAGCAAAAGCCAACAAUUUUAGUUAGCAUUGUGAUAAUUUUAUCAUUUCAUGGUAUAAUUAAACUGAUAAAGUUGGAUAUUAUAAUGUACUUUUUAGUAUGGCUCGGUAUUAUUUCUGAAAAUGCUAACUAUUUGAUAAUAAGCUAUGUAUUUUUCAAUCACAGGAUAAAAAUUAAGUCAUUGUAUCAAUAAGAUAGUAAUUAUAUUUGUUUGAAAAAAAAAUCAAAAAUUUUAAGUUCAAAAUUAAGUGUUUUAUCAACAUGCAUAUUUUUUAUUCUAGGUAAGCCCGAUGAAGUUUGCAUGAAAUUGAAAAAAUUGAGAAGUCACAUUCAGUGAUUUUAACUAAAUUCAAUAAAAUAUAUUUACUUUAAACAUUUUUAACAGAAAUAAGCUAAAAAGCACUGAAAACUAACAAACAUUUUUUAAGGGAAGCUUACAGGCAUAUCGGUAAGCAGCUACAUACACAAAUUUGUAAUACAGUAUUUGAAAUAUAAUUCACUUUAUCCAAUGUAAUCUUUCUACUGUCUCGUUAUGCCCUUGUCAGUAUUUUCAGUAGAUCACACUAUUUUAAUCAAGGGUUCUUUUUAUUGAGACUGGAGCUUAUUUGAUAAAUGUAUUUUUUUAAUAUGUAUCAAAGUAAAAUGACAUAUAAGGGUCUAUUUUGUUAAAUAUUACGUAAGUCAGUACUUAACUGCACUUUAUUCUUGUAUUCUUAGUGCAGAUAAUAAACUGUAAAAAAUGUUUCCUUUAAGUUGUUGUAAAGCAUUGUAAAAUAUGUAUAUUGUAAGAAAAUACUUCAUUGUUUAGUUUACUGUGGGUAUCUAAGUAAGUUUUUGUUUAGUCUGGCUAAUCAAAUAUCAAAGGCUCAGGCUUUUUUGUUUCAACACUUUGUCAUUUCUUACUAAAAAUAUUGUCUGAUAUAAUAUUUCCUAUCAGUAAGAAACAUUGUUAACAUUGUAUAUAGUUAUUGGUAGUUCUUGUAGAUUAAGAUGACCGUUUUCCUAUUAUUCAAUAUUUAGGUACCGAAACUUUGGUUAAAAAUUGUCAGAAUAUUUUUGCAUUUAGGCUGAGAUAUCAAAGCCAAAAUUAGGCCUAGAUAUGUUUGUUUGAUAGGUCUAACGAUGAACGCUUAUCACUUACGUUAGUAACUUAUAUAUGAUCAAUUGAACAUAUUGGUACAAAGUUUGUUACUUAUGUCUUAAGCUAAGUUAAUUGUAUGAUAUGUAAAAAUAAUUUGCUCUUGUUUGUAAUAUUUAUGUUUUAUUCCUUCAACUUGUUACAAGUUUUCUACUUCCUGUGUGUUAUUGCACAUAAA